GCCAACUUCGUCACAACAACACUGAAGUGUCAUGGCGGAGUUAGACGAUAACGCUUGUGAGAAGGAAAAAUCGCUGGCAAAGGACAGUAGGACUGAAAACGGCGAAAACAUGAAAACACAGAAUCACAAGCCCUGUUCUCAGGGCAAGCAAGAUACAUCCACCGCUGUUACUACCACGGAGUACUGCGAAAAAUUACAGGAGUGGAUGUGGCAGUACUACUACAGUUAUAUGAACUGGCAGAGCUGGAUAGCCAUGUCUGCGUUUACCUUCCCACCAUGUUUCCCAACACAAGGAGCAAAUGAAACGCCUCGAGCGACGACAUGGGGUACAGAUAUGUCUAAUGGAGACCCUCGCAAUUGGUUUAGCAAUCCGUUUGCCUUUCCUGUACCAUCCUUUUCUGCCGCUGCAAGUAACGCAGCGGGUCAAGCUGGGGACGCAAACAGUUCUCGAGCUCCAGCCACAGCACCUGCGCAGCUGCCACAACAACAGCAACAACGUAAUGGGAAUGCACAACAGCCAGGUCGGGAAUAUGCCAUCCCCUCUCCUCUGCAACGGUUCUUGGCAGAAAUGGUGGAUUUUUUUAUUCUUUUCUUCAUUAAAGCAACAAUUAUCCUCAGUAUUGUCCACUUGAGUGGAAUUAAGGACAUUUCAAAGUUUGCCAUGCAUUUCAUUGUAGAGGAGAUAGAUGAAGACACAUCCAUGGAGGAAUUACAGAAGAUGAUGCUUGUGGCUCUAGUGUACAGGAUAUUAGUUUGUUUAUAUGAGAUCAUAUGUAUUUGGGGAGCCGGUGGGGCAACACCAGGGAAGUUCCUUGUUGGCUUACGAGUUGUCACAUGUGACAGCUCUGUCCUUGUGCAACCCAACCGAGUCCUUGUGGUACCAGCGACUAAUGUCACCCUUUCUGCGUCAACGGUGAGAGCUUUAAACAAGAACUUCUCUAUCGCUUUCUUCUUUCCGGCAUUCAUCACACUUCUUUUCUUUCAGCACAAUAGGACUGUUUAUGACAUUGUGGCUGGAACAAUUGUGGUCAAGAGAAACAGGCUAAGAUGACUUGUUCAAUGAUGUCAUUAUCAUCCCAACAUUGUAAUGCAAAAACAAGCUUGUAGAGAAGGGAAAGAGAACCGGCUGAAGUGUUGUAUAUUGAACUGAACUAAAGCUAUUUGGCCUCUAGGAGAUCUGUUGCUUCAACAGCAGAAAAUGGUACUUCCAGUAUUUCUCACCCAUCUCUUCUGGACAUAGUCUUAUAAGCAUGAAUUGCUUUCUCAGAAUAUUUUUGAAUGAUCUUUGUUGACAUCUUUGAAUAGUUUCCUUGUGCCAAAGUACGAUCAUUUAUAAAUGAGUUGCCUCGCAGUACUUAACCUUCCUCUGAUAUGUAUAUUUCUCUCUAAAUUUAUUUUGUGUGUGUGGGCUAUUGAUUGGAACAUAUACUUAGGACAUUUUAUGUUUGAUAAAUGAAAUUUGAGAAGUAAUUAACAUUUUUGCAUAAUGCAAUUGAGUUUGGCUAUAGAUUCUAAUCUACUGACUGCAUUUCUAUUUCAGAUAAAUGUUUUGUACCUAAUUAUUAGUGUAUAUUUUAUGGUAUUUAAAAGCUUGAAAAUGCCAGGAAUUAGUUUUUUUUUUAUUUUUUAAACAGUGCUGUUCUGCAUUUUCACUGCAUGCCUUCUUCAGCUCUGUGUAAUGCACUAUCCUGAGCUGUUGAGUUGAUCAGUUCAGAACUUUGAGUUGCCUCAUUAUUUUCAGAAUUUGUUGGUUGUAUGACCAAAUCAGAAGAAUUCAGUUAUGUCCCAGAGAAAGCUCUCUGUGUUGUCUCUGCUUAUGGAUUGACUAUUUAUACCAAUAGACCCUUUUCACAGAAAAUUAAGAGUUAUGCCUUUCUGCCUUAUUAGCUAUGUAAAUCUAGCAAACAUUUUAAUAUUUCCAAUUUUUACAUUAUUUAGUGUAAAUUUAUAACUAAUUGUUCCCACCAGCAACCGGGUUGUAUUUUAUUACCCCUAAUAUAAACGAGUUACUACAGCUGUGUUGGGGUUUCUAAUACAGCUGCUGAAGGAUUGACAGUAAAUUUUUCAUCUUUCUUCUGACUGCCGUAAUCCAACACUCCCAAGUUUAAGUUAAUAGAACUGUCAGAUUUAGAUUUUGUAUUACACAUGCACGGUAAUUGCUCUUAACAUGAAAUAUUGAGUAAACUAAUUCAUACAUUUUAAUGGCACUUAACAUUACAUUGAGAACUUAAAAUUUCCAUGUAAGCUCAAUUUAAGUACGUAAAGUAGAGGGAUGCAUGAGAAUUGGAAACAUUACAAUAUGUUUAUCAUAGCAAUUGCUCAACAAGUAAUUUAACUGUACAGCAAUGUGAAACUGUAUCUGUCCUCAACCCAAGCUUAAGCUCCACCAUUCACCGUAGUGUUAACCCCCCAAAACUUUGACAUAAUAGAAACUCAAGUAACUCAACAAAACAUUAAACACUAACAAGUCUCCCCAUUUACAUUCAUCUUGCACAAAGAAACAUUACAUAACACUUAAUUUGAACAUUUACUCUCCGAGAUGAAUGCCACGCAAGGCAUGCUGGGAAAUAAAAAUCGCCUGCCCAGUUAGAUCCUGUAAUUUUUUUUUACAACUCAAAAGUUUAUUAAACUCAAAACAAUUAAACAAUUCAGGUUACUUAAAAGGUGUACGUUUCAUGAACUCAACAAAAAAAAAAGUUGUAAAAACACCUCAAGGUUAAUUUAUUUGAAUUCAUUUGUAUGAUUACAUUUUUCCCUACUCAAAGCUAUUCAUUAUUUGGAGCAUUAUGUUUUAAAGUGUAGACAUUGAAAUGUAAUAGGGGUGCUUUUAUUUUGCAGUUGGAGUAAUUAGGUAAGCAAAAAUCAUACAAAAAAUAUGUCUGGACAAAAAGAAAAUUGCAUUCUCCUAAUAUUUUGUUGGACCGCCUUUAGCUUUACAGCGCACAUUCAUCGUGGCUUUGUUUCAACAACCUUAUGCAAAAUCAUGCUCCCUCCUUUCACAUUAUGAGUCUGAUGAAUCUUGGCAUUGUCGUCCUAGAUGAAAAAAAUAAAAUCCAUUGUUGGGAUAACGUGGUCAUUCAGGUAGUCAGCUGACUUCAUUUUAUUGCUGCGUAAUGUUGCUGAACCUAGACCUGACUAACUGAAGCAACCCUAGAUCAUAACACUGCCUCCAGAGGCUUGUACAGUGGGCACUAUACAUGAUGAGUGCAUCGCUUCAUGUGCUGUACCCUUACGUGCCCACAUGACCUUUUUUCCAUUGCUCCACAGUCCAUUGUGGCCACACAGCUGUUUAUUCCCAAUCUAGUAAAUACUCUUCACAUUGUAUGUGUGUGGAAAUGCUCUUACUUUCACUGUUAAACAUAGCAGUGAGUACUGUCGACUUUUUACGAUGUGACCAAGCAUUUUAGUUAAAAAAAAAUUAUAUCUAGGAUAUAUAUAUAUAUAUAAAAAAAGAAGUAGGCCUACGAUCACAUUUCUUCUGCAAAGCUAAUGGUUCACCACUGUCCUUCCAGGUUUUAAUAAGGAGUUGGACAGUUCUUAACCCAAUUCCAGUGAUUUCAGUAAUCUCCUAAAAUAUUUUCUUUGCUUGAUGCAGGUCAAUUAUUUGCCCUUUCUGAAAUACAGUAGGCUAGCAUAUUUUCCACGACUACGAGAUACGUCUAAUGACAUGGUUGAUUAAGGAAUGAGAAGCUACACAAUGCAUCAGUUAGGGUUAAAAGAAUUGUUUCCAGCUGAAACAUAUUAAUCACUGCAAUAGCGAUCCAAUCAUAGGCUCUUAAGAAUUUGGUUAUUUAAAUCCAAAUUGCGACUGUAUUUUGGUCAGACAGUGUAUUUGCUUUGGUCUCCCACAUAUAUAGAAGUUUACCCUGCUAUUGUUUAAUUCUGGGUUUUUUACCACAGAUGUGUGAAAAGGAUUCAUAACAAUUAGAGAGUAACACUCUUUAAAACAGUCAACUUACUGUAUUUGUAUGGGGAUGGGAAAAAAAAUUAAAGCAUAUGGGGGAAAAGGGAAUUAAACUUUGAAAUUACAGUUACAUGCAAAGGUAAGCUGCAUUAGGCUCGCUUCCAAAUAGCACUAGGCCUAUGUGUCAGUUUUAAAAGAGUUAUGACUGAUUAUCUUCAUUUUAAAUGUAUGAACUUUCAAAAGUAAAAAAUAUUGACAUUAUAAUUAUCAAAGCUGAAGUGUGCUACUUCAACUAGCGUUACCAAAUGGAAUUGAACAAAUUAUUAAAAUGCUACAAUUACAUUGAUACAUUCAAGUUUAGACCAUGAACAUUGGCAUCUAUUAGGUGUGUUCCUCGACCUCAUCAAAUCUCAUGAGUUACCAAUAGAUGGUAGUGAGAGACCAGCAGGCUUGCCAUGUGCACUGUGCACUGAUAUCAGAGCGAUGAGGUCCAUGUACUAUAGAAGUUUAGUCUGAAUUUCAAAUUGCACCUACCUGCUGGUGUAACCAAAACAUCUGUUUUAAAAGGUUUAUUUGUGUGUGUGUGUCCUAAACUAUGGAUAUAUGCCCCAUUGUUUUCACUUUUGCCAUAUCCAUGUCAGGGGAUAGGCUUUCUCUGCAAGCAAUAAUGAAAGGUAUGUAAAGCUGACAGGGACAGAUAGCUGUCUCAGACAUAUAGACCCUCAUGCUUCACACCACAAAGAUCUUUUUUCGGUCUCUCUUCCUCUCUACUUGACCUUACUGCCUUGUAAUAUCCUCUCACUAUCAGACUGUGUCCACUGAUGUUUCAUUACAUUUAUCAGUAAGCAGUGCCAGCCAUGAUCUUCCUGCCUUUGUUUAUCUCACAAGUCAUAUUGAGCAUGCAUUUACUAUUUGACAUCAGUACAAGCCAUGGCUCUGUGUGGGGGCACCAAUCCUCCUACUGCUAUUUUGAUGAUGCUAGCUGAUCAUAAACCAUUUAAUACAUUUUUCUAAGAAUGUUAAGCUCUUCAAUGUAUGGCAUCAUCAGAUGUGUAGUCUGAUCUGUUCAGUCCUAUAUAAUGUCUGAUCAAAACGUUAAUUCUAGAAUAUGAUGUCUGGUACAAUACAAGCUCAUGCAGGCUUCAUCUAUGCAAGUGUAAGUUUUAUGUAAGCACAUACAUACAUGCAUGCAUACAUACAUUUGUCGCAUGUCUGUGAGUGAGUUGUCUGUGUAGCCUUAAGAAUGAGAGAAAGAAAAAAAAAAAAGAGUCAGACUUCAAGGCAUGUUGUCGAGGGCUGCCUUUAAACAGAUUCAUUGGCUUAUUGGACUGCAAUCUCUCUCAUUAAUAUGUGAUGUGUCUUACUUUUUGUAGUAAUGAUGUCAUCAGCAGCCAACCAAAAGCCAUGGUGACUGAGAUUGGUGCGACCUGAUUGGCUAUUCUGUUGGCAAUAAGAUGGGGUUGGGUAUCUUAUCAUCCAAGACUGAUGUUCACUCUGAGUCUUAUCAAAACAAGUCUGCUCUGUUAGAUCAAUGAUCAAAAUAGACAAAGGCAAGGAGCAGCUUUCUCAAAGAACAACAAAACCCUCACUGUCAUCUUUAACACAUGUUAAUCAGGUUUUACCACACUGUAACACUGUCUUCAACACCCUGAGGCUGCAACACAGACAAGCAUAUUGUCGAAUUGUAGAUUUAUGUGCUGUAGGGAAUUCCUCUUUGCUUGAGGGGAAAACAAGCAGCCCACCAGUAUUUUGACAGAGCAUUGAUGUUUUGUUCUCUAAAGAAAUAAACUUUAUUUUUCCAUUUUAUUUUAUUUAUUUAUAAUUUUUGUAUAUUAGUUUUUGUUUUAUUAGUCAUUAUUUUGCUUUUAUGAAUAGUACUACUCAUAAGACUUUCUCAUAAAACUACUACAUGAUUUCAUCGUGUGUGAGAUAUGAAAUGAUUUAUUAUAAAUCAAUUUUAAGUGAAGUGAUAUAGUGAAACUUUGAAAAGAACCACUACAUCAACAACCUGUAAUGUAACA